CAGAGCCGUGCGCCGCCCGAGGCGCCGCGGCGGAGCCACCGCCCCCCACCGCGGAGCCGCUGCCUCGCCCGCUGGGACCCGGGAGCGCGGCGCCGGGCGCCCUGAUGCUCCUCGGCCGGCGGCGGCGGCGGCUGCGGCGGAGGGAGGAUGACCUCUCCUCGGGAGCGGGGUGCCGAUCUGGCCCGUUUCUACACUGUCACCGAGCCCCAGCGACACCCGCGGGGCUACACGGUGUAUAAGGUCACCGCCCGGGUUAUUUCACGAAGAAAUCCAGAGGAUGUCCAGGAGAUAAUCGUGUGGAAGAGAUACAGUGACUUUAAGAAACUACACAAAGAACUAUGGCAAAUUCACAAAAACUCAUUUCGACAUUCAGAAUUGUUUCCUCCAUUUGCUAAAGGAAAAGUGUUUGGACGAUUUGAUGAAACCGUUAUUGAAGAGAGAAGACAGUGUGCUGAAGACCUGCUACAGUUCUCUGCCAAUAUUCCUGCUCUUUAUAACAGUAAACAGCUUGAAGAUUUUUUUAAGGAUGGAAUAAUUAAUGAUGGUUCUGAAUUGAUUGGUCCUGUUGAAGCUUAUUCGGAUUCACUCACUGAUAGUUUUCUUGAGUAUAGUACAGAAGGCUUCUCCAGUGACAGUGACCUGAUAUCUCUUACUGUUGAUGUGGAUUCCCUUGCUGAGUUAGAUGAUGGAAUGGCUUCCAAUCAAAAUUCUCCCACUAGAACUUUUGGUCUCAAUCUUUCUUCGGAUCCUUCAGCACUAGGGGCUGCUGCUUAUGACAGUGAGCAGAACAAGACAGAAGAACGGGAAAAUCGUAGCCUCUUUCCUGGCAGUUUAAAAUCCAAGCUUGGCAAGAGAAAUUAUUUGGAGAAAGCAGGAGAAUUCAUAAAGCUGGCUUUAAAGAAGGAAGAAGAAGAUGACUAUGAAGCUGCUUCUGAUUUUUAUAGGAAGGGAGUUGAUUUACUUCUAGAAGGUGUACAAGGAGAGUCAAGCCCUACCCGGCGAGAAGCUGUGAAGAGAAGAACAGCAGAGUAUCUCAUGCGAGCAGAGAGUCUCUCUAGCCUUCAUAGAAAACCUCAAUUUGAUGAAGUGUCUCAGCCUCCAGGAUCACUAAGUUCAAGGCCCCCUUGGAACCUAAGGAGCCCUGCCGAGGAGCUGAAGGCCUUCAGAGUCCUUGGGGUGAUUGACAAGGUUUUACUUGUAAUGGACACAAGGACAGAACAGACAUUCGUUUUAAAGGGUCUAAGGAAAAGCAGUGAAUACAGCAGGAACAGAAAGACCAUCAUCCCCCGCUGUGUGCCCAACAUGGUGUGUCUGCACAAGUACAUCAUUUCUGAGGAGUCGGUAUUUCUGGUGCUGCAGCACGCAGAAGGUGGCAAACUGUGGUCAUACGUCAGUAAAUUUCUCAACAGAAGUCCUGAAGAAAGCUUUGAUGUCGAGGAAGUGAAAAAACCUGCAUUUAGGAAAGUUCACCUGCAACAGCCGACUUCCAGUCCUCAGGACAGCAGCAGCUUUGAAUCCAGAGGAAGCGAUGCUGGACCCACGCUUCCGGUUCUGCCUCUGAAAAGCAGUCUUACCCUGAGCUCUCAAGAUGAUAGCAACCAAGAGGAUGAUGGCCAAGAUAGCUCGCCAAAAUGGCCAGAUUCUGGCUCAAGUUCAGACGAAGAAUGCACUACUAGUUAUUUAACAUUAUGCAAUGAGUAUGGGCAAGAAAAGAUUGAACCAGGGUCACUGAGUGAGGAGCCUUUCAUGAAGAUGGAAGGAAAUGGUGUCGAUACCAAAGCUGUUGAAGGCUUCCCCACACACCUUGUUGCUGACAGGCACAGCCCCAGCACCCAGCUGAUGGCACAUGAGCUGACAUUGUCCCCUGGAAAUGAUGACCUGGAAACAGUUAGUUCUCCAAGGACAUCAGAUGCCCUCAGUAGAUCUAAAACCAGCUCCAUGGAAUUCUUUAGGAUAGACAGUAAGGAUAGCACUAGUGAACUCCUCGGACUUGAUUUUGGAGAAAAAAUGUAUAGUCUAAAGUCAGAGCCUUUGAAACCAUUUUUUACUCUUUCAGAUGGAGACAAGAGUUUUAAUAUUAGUGAAAGCAAAGUUAUAGCUCAGGACACCAUUAGCAGGGGCUCUGAUGACUCUGUCCCAGUUAUUUCUUUUAAAGAUGCUGCUUUUGAUGAUAUCAGUGGUACUGAUGAAGGAAGGCCUGAUCUUCUUGUAAAUCUACCUGGUGAAUUGGAGCCAACAAAAGAUGGUGCAGCAGUGGGACCUACUAAGUUUACACAGACUAAUGCAGGCAUAAUAGAAAGUAAGCUAUUGGAAGCCCCCGAUGUUUUAUGCCUCAGGCUUAGUGCCGAACAGUGCCAAGCACAGGAAGAAGGCUCGGAAGAACUGAGUGACCCCUCUAGGCUUCCACCUGAUGGUGUAACAGAGAAACACUACGUACAGGGGAGUCCUGGGAUGUUAUUUGCAGCUGCUGUUGAUCAUAGUAGUUCGGACAUUUCCUUGAUGCAUAGCCCGCACCCUAACUUUCAAGGACUUGGAGGGGAUGAGUCGGCAGUGACUGCAAACAACACAGAGGAAAGCGUAUUCCCUGCUUCUGACCCACUCUCAGGUGCUAACGAAUACGAUGCAGACACGGACACUUUAAAAACGGAGGAAGUCUUUCUGUUUACAGAUCAAGCUGAUGAUUUGGCUGAAGAGGAACAGACUUUAUUUCAGAGAGUCUCUGUGACUAAGGGAGCCAGUGGGCAAGCACUAGAAGGAGACAAGGAGAUACAUCAGAUUUUUGAGGACCUCGAUAAAAAAUUAGCACUGCACUCCAGGUUUUGCAUCCCAGAGGGCUGUAUUCAGAGAUGGGCAGCUGAAAUGGUGGUAGCCCUUGAUGCUUUACACAGAGAGGGAAUUGUGUGCCGCGAUUUGAACCCAAACAACAUCUUAUUGAAUGAUAGAGGACACAUUCAGCUAACGUAUUUUAGCAGGUGGAGUGAGGUUGAAGAUUCCUGUGACAGCGAUGCCAUAGAGAGAAUGUACUGUGCCCCAGAGGUUGGAGCAAUCACUGAAGAAACUGAAGCCUGUGAUUGGUGGAGUUUGGGCGCUGUCCUCUUUGAACUUCUCACUGGCAAGACGCUGGUUGAGUGCCAUCCAGCAGGAAUAACUACUCACACUACUUUGAACAUGCCAGACUGUGUCUCUGAAGAGGCUCGCUCACUUAUUCAACAGCUCUUGCAGUUCAAUCCUGUGGAGCGUCUUGGUGCUGGAGUUGCUGGCGUUGAAGAUAUCAAGUCGCACCCAUUUUUUACUCCUGUGGAUUGGGCAGAACUGACGAGAUGAACCUAAUGCAGGUUAUCUGCAUGCAUUUUAAUCUUCUCUGGGCAGGCAUACCCAGCACAGAGGCAGCACAGCCUCCGCCACUUUGGAAGCACCAAAGCAUUGGGAUAAAGCCCUUUCGAGGAAACGGAGAAUAAAAAGGCUAGCAGAGAACAAUUUCUUACAAGCUGGACAAGAUACCAGUACAUUUGCAAGAGGUGGUUUUGUACAAAUCUUUAACGAAGGUGUGACCUUUUUGUAUUGACACUCAGUGUUGCAGAUGAAUCAUAGACCCAACUGAAAGGAAUGCCCAUCAAGAACUUCCUCUGUUAUGAAACUCCAAGUGUACAAUCAAGUGCUACUUGACAGGAGGACCUUUACAUGGCAGCUAACCAUGCUUUCUGCUAACCACGAUUGGUUUAUCUGACCAAGUUAAUUUGUGUUGAAUAAUAUAUAAAAAGUGCUUCGUGAAUAAUGUCAUCUGUGGAGAUUAAAAACUGAGAGAAAAAAAGAAUAUACUCAUCAUGUCUGAUAGAAACUUGCAUCACCAUGCUAUAUAAUUAAUAUAUGUUGAAUAUGAUCCCAAAUUAUUUCAUGCUUUCAGAAGUCCACAUGGAAAGAAAACACUUCAUGGGAUCAACUUUGUACUUGGUUGGUUGGUACUGCUUAUGGAAGGAUUCAUAUAAACACUCUCUUCUCUUUGACUAUCUUCCACUUCCUUGGCCUAUUCUCUAAUAUUAUGUUCUUCCUACCCCUACUAACACAUAUGCAACAAAAAAGGGAAGAGGGAAUAUUUAUGUCCCCAUAUUGUAUCAACUUAAUAAGGACUAAGAAAUCAUGAUGUGAAAUAAAUGUGGUAAAAA